ACGUAAACCAUUUAUCAUUGUACUUGAUAGGUACUAUAUAGCAUAUAAAAGUAACACUUUAUUCCGUGUAAUCAAAUAUCAACUCAGAAUGGGAAAAGCCUUUUCCAGGUUGUUUGGGACAGAAGAAAAGAAAUCUCCAAACGAUGAGCCAAAGAAUGAGGAAACGGUUGAUGUUACACCACCGACUAAGGAAGAAGAAACUGUAACAGAAGAACCAAAAGGAGACGGGUCUCAAUACGCUAAAGACAUGCUGACAAAACACAACGAGAAGAGAGCGCUUCAUUCGACCGCUGCUAUGACGCUGAGCGUUAAGUUGUGCGAGGACGCACAGAAAUGGGCCGAUCAUAUUGCUGCGAAGAAUGCUCUUGAGCAUUGUAAGGAUCGCGAAGGUGCAGGGGAGAACUUGGCUUGGAGUUCUGCUGAGUUGGGAGCAGAUGCAGCGGUGGAUAUGUGGUACAAUGAGUUAAAAGAUUACGACUUCUCGCAACCAGGAUUUAGUGGUUCGACAGGUCAUUUCACUCAAGUAGUAUGGAAGGCCUCCACCGAGUUCGGGGCCGGAUUUGCACAAGCUUCUGACGGUAGCACAUACGUGGUUGGGAGAUAUUUACCUCCUGGAAAUAUGAACAUGGCGGGGCAGUUCGAAGAAAAUGUCCUUCCGCUUGCUUGAGAAUGUUGUUAACUCUAAAUGUAUAUUGCUCUUCGUAUUGAAUUAAUGCUGCAGUGAAGCACCUACACGUUAUAUACUUAUGAAAUGUAACUGCAGCAAUUUGGGCAGGGUGCCGCACAACCUAUGUAUCAGGGCCUAUUGUGUAAUCGCUAAUGGUGAAAAUGCUGUAUAACGAUGUUGUAUUAACAUAGUUUUAUCUUUGUAUUCCAAAUUGACUCAGUGGUUACA